AUGGUGACGAAUACGGAAGCCGCUACGGUCUGGACCUUCAGGAUGAGCGCAGUGGACGCGACUACAUGCUCCGAAACGGUUCACAUCCGUAAAGUCUCGAACAUAUCGACCAGCUCAGACGCCACAGCUACUUCGGCCUCUACCACAAGAACCCUAAACACGACUCUCUCCGCCGACACGGACGUACGCGAUCUUACUACCGCUUCGGUAGACAAGGGUGUAUUCAACGGUGGCCAGCUCGAUAAAACCCGUUUCGAGACGAUACCACACCAGAAGCUCCUCACGUCCGCUGCAGUUGCUACCACCGGCGCCUCGGACCUAAAGUGCAAGAUCAACCACGGAAGCACGAAUGCUUCCACCAAUGCCAUCUUUUGCGACACGACGACCGAGUCGACCAAUCCGCACUCAGCUGGGAAGGUUCCGUUGAAAGAGACCUCGAUGGCCUUGACACUCUACCAGGAGGCCCAAACAGCUGCUCCUGGAGCUGCCACGAGCAUCACAAACCAGCAAUCAGACGAUGAUCAAAACGAUGUGUCGCUUGCAGAAACCGCGCAAACCCUCAAUAGAUCUAGCGCACUCGAUACAGAUGGUCUUCGCCGCUCCGUCAAAGCCAGAACCGACGCGGAUGAGAAGUCCCGCCUGGGUCGGCUCCUUCGCAAGCCUAUGGCGUACAAAGGGCAUGUCUUCCAACCUGGGAAGACCAUCCGCAUUGCUCACAAAAUGAGCAAGAAUCACGCCGUCGCCAAGUGGGUUCGCGGACAUGGAACCGGGAUCCGCAAGGGUGAGGCAGUCAAGGACAUGGAGGUGGCUCGCCGGUAG